AAGUCUGGCAGCUCACGCAGUAUCAAUAAUUUUCACUGGUGUUGAAUUUGUGUGCCGGUUUUAGAAUUUGAGAAAAUUUUGCUUUUUACAAUAUAAAUUAGAAUUUAAUUUAUUGAUAAACGAUUUUCAAAGUUUUAUCCUUUUACAAUGGCUGAUAUGAAAUCUGUUUUCCAUGAGUGGUGCUCAAAGAAUAAAGUAGAACCAAAAUUUGAGGUUCGUCCGACUGGCCCAAAGCAUCGCCAACGAUUUUUGUGUGAAGUACGAGUUCCGAAUUACCCCUACGUGGCGGCAGGUAAUUCUACGAACAAAAAAGAUGCAGAACGCAAUGCAGCUCGUGAUUUCAUGAGUUUUUUGGUACGUACCGGCAAAGUAAAUGCGUCUGAUAUACCUGCAGACGCAGGAAUGGCAGCUAUAGCACCUGCAACCAAUGCUGAUGGGAGCGGGGAUAGAUAUGGUUCGCAACGCAAAUUCUUUGAUGGUGGAAUGGGCCCACAAGAUUUGGGUCAGGCUUAUCAACCCAUAGAGCGUGAGAUCAAUCCAGUGGAUAGAGCACGUGAACAAUUGGAAAUGAAAGAAGCGGAGUCAGUAGAUGUAAAUGCAGCCAUACAUGGUAAUUGGACCAUCGAGAAUGCAAAAGCAAAGCUUCAUCAAUUCAUGCAGAUGAACAAAAUAACGGCGGAUUAUAAGUAUACGCCUGUUGGUCCAGAUCACGCCAGGAGCUUUAUGGCUGAAAUGCAUAUUUUCGUACGUCAACUAAAACGUACAGUUACCGCACGUGAAACUGGUUCCAAUAAACAAUCGGCGAGCAAAUCGUGUGCUUUGUCGUUGGUGCGCCAACUUUAUCAUUUGGGUGUAAUUGAGGCUUUUAGUGGCACAUUAAAGCAACGCAAGGAGGAUGCGGAUAUGAAACCGUAUCCAGUAAAAAUCUCUGAAGAUUUAAUGCAAAAAGUGGAAGAAUGCAUUCGAGACCUUGACCUACCAGUUAUUAAUCCUUACAAUAUUAAAGCGGAAAAUGAGAAUACUGGUGUUAGCUUACUUAUCCCUACCAAUAGGGAAGCAAGAAAUCAAAACGACGAUGCCUCUCAAAUGCAGGGUUCGGUUAUACCUUGGGCUCCGCCACAACCUAAUUGGAAUGCGUGGAACGCUUGCAAUAUUGAUGAGGGUUACUUGGCUACAGCCACUUUAGAUGAUCUCUGCGAAGAUCUCGAAACAACUUCGAAAGAAAAGCGAAUGAAUAAUGCAGAACUGCAUAAAUUCAUUGAGUUUCGUGAAUGCCUCCCUAUUGCGGCUAUGCGCAAUGAAAUAAUGUCCAACAUACAUGAGUAUCCUGUUGUUAUCAUACGCGGUAAUACUGGUUGCGGCAAAACUACACAAAUUGCGCAAUAUAUCUUGGAGGAUUACAUUGCAUCUGGUCAGGGUGCCUUCUGUAAUAUUUAUGUCACGCAACCACGUCGUAUUUCAGCUAUUUCGGUGGCAGAACGCGUCGCCGCCGAACGUUGCGAGAAUCUUGGCGAAGCGGUUGGAUACUCAGUCCGUUUCGAAACGGUGACACCACGCCCCUAUGGUGCCAUUUUAUUCUGUACUGUCGGUGUUCUCUUGCGCAAACUUGAGGGCGGCUUACGCGGCAUCUCACACAUUAUUGUAGAUGAAAUUCACGAGCGUGAUGUAAAUAGUGACUUUUUAUUGGUCAUACUACGUGAUAUGGUGCACACAUAUCCAGAUUUACAUGUCAUUCUGAUGUCUGCUACAAUUGAUACAACAUUAUUUUCGGAAUAUUUCGGUAAAUGUCCCGUUUUAGAAAUUCCCGGUCGUGCUUUCCCUGUGCAACAAUUCUUCUUAGAGGAUUGUGUAGAAAUGACAAAGUUUAUGCCGACACCUGAAUCGCGCAAGAAGAGCAAAGAUCGCGAUGACGAGGAGAAAUCUGUAAUUGCAGAGAAUGGUGAAGAUGCAAAUGAACAAAAUUUGAACAAAGUUUGCGACGCAAAAUAUUCGCAGCAGACCAAAACGGCAAUGGCAUUGUUGUCCGAAUCCGAGUGUUCGUUUGAAUUGAUCGAUGCGCUUCUGGUGCAUAUUAAAUCGAAGAAUAUACCGGGAGCUGUGCUUAUCUUUUUACCUGGCUGGAAUCUAAUUUUCGCUCUGAUGAAGUAUUUGCAGAACUCACAGUUCGGCGGACCACAAUUUCGCAUCUUGCCAUGCCACUCGCAAAUUCCACGAGAGGAUCAACGAAAAGUGUUUGAGCCAGUGCCAGAUGGUGUAACGAAGAUCAUACUGUCCACCAACAUUGCUGAAACAUCAAUAACAAUUGAUGAUAUUGUUUUCGUCAUUGAUAUCUGCAAGGCGCGCAUGAAGAUGUUCACCUCACACAAUAACCUCACAAGUUAUGCCACCGUCUGGGCAGCCAGAUCGAAUUUGGAGCAACGUAAAGGUCGCGCUGGUCGCGUUCGACCGGGUUUCUGUUUCACCCUUUGCUCUCGUGCACGUUUUCAGAAACUUGAGGAGAGCAUGACACCUGAGAUAUUUCGUACACCAUUACAUGAAUUGGCACUCUCCAUCAAACUGUUGCGACUUGGUUCUAUUCAUCAGUUUUUAUCAAAAGCUUUGGAGCCACCUCCAUUGGAUGCCGUUAUCGAAGCUGAGGUGCUUUUACGCGAUAUGCGCUGUUUGGAUGAUAAUGAUGAGUUGACACCGUUGGGGCGCAUUUUAGCACGUUUGCCCAUUGAGCCACGACUCGGUAAAAUGUUGAUAUUAGGCUCAGUGUUUGGCUGCGCGGACAUAUUGGCAAAUAUGGCCUCAUACUCGAGCACUUUCUCCGAGAUAUUUGCUUUAGACAUUGGACAACGACGUUUGGCAAAUCACCAGAAACUAUUAGGCGGUCGCAAGUGUUCUGAUCACGUUGCUAUGAUAGUUGCUACACAGAUGUGGGAAAACGCAAAAAAUCGUGGCGAAGAGGAGGAGAUAAAGUUUUGCGAGUGGAAGGGGUUGCAGUUGUCAACCAUGCGCGUUAUGUCCGAAGCUAAAGGCCAACUUUUAGAUUUGUUGCAGCAAACUGGUUUUCCUGAGGAAUCAAUGAUAUCGUAUAAAGUGGAUGCGAAUAAUGACGAUCCGGUUUUGGAUAUGGCUACUGCGUUGCUUUGUUUGGGUUUGUAUCCAAAUGUUUGUGUACACAAGGAGAAACGUAAGGUAUUGACAACGGAAUCCAAGGCAGCACUUUUACAUAAGACUUCGGUAAAUUGCAGCAACUUGGCUGUCACUUUUCCUUAUCCGUUCUUCGUGUUUGGCGAAAAGAUAAGAACUCGUGCUGUAUCCUGCAAGCAGAUGACAAUGGUGGCGCCACUACAUUUGCUGCUCUUUGGUUGUCGCAAAGUAGACUAUAUCAAAGACAAUAUAGUUCGGCUAGAUAAUUGGCUUAACCUUGAAAUGGAUCCCCAGCAUGCUGCCGCAUUGGCAGCGCUUAAACCGGCUAUUGAAACUCUGGUCACUAUUGCAUGUGAUAGACCAGAUGAAAUUGGUCAACUCGAAGAGCCACAAGCGAAACUGAUAAAUGUUGUAAAGGAGUUAUGUGUUAUGAAUGCUGGUGAUUACAACAUUACAAGGGAGGCUGGUGUGCUACCCUUUCAAAGUCGACAAGGCGGUGGGGGUGGCCAUAGUGGUGGUCCACCGAGUAAGCGUGGACGUUUUGAUGGCGGCAGUGGUUGGAAUCGUGGUGGCGGAGGCAGCAAUUGGGGCUCAGGUGGUGGUGGCAACUGGGGCCGCGGUGGUUUUGGACGUAGUAGUGGAACAAAUCAAUGGGGUCGCUAUGGAGGUGGUGGCAGAGGCAGAUUUUAAGACUUUAGAUAUUUUGUAAAAGAUGAUAUCGCAGGAUAUUUUAUCUGGUAUUAUAAUAUUUAAUUGCUAAUAAAAGUAUAUUAUUUACAAUAUA